AUGGCAUCUUGCUGGUGGCCGCAGCCAGAGAUACCUGCCACAGACCCCUCCACACUGCUCAUGUUUGUGCAGCCGAUGCUCAACUAUGACAGCGUCGUGCCGCUUACUGCACGUACGCCACAGGACACGCAGUGGAUAUACAGCGACAAGGAGGGCGAGCCGCCAAUGCCGCGCUCAGCCAAGCUGCUCAUGUACGGCCUGGACAAGCCGGUCGCCAAGGGCAUGCUGGCGCCCUGGACCAAGUACCUCGUGUACCGCAACGAUCAUGCGAUUGACGGACGCGUCUUCCCGCCGAGCAUCUCACAUUUGAAGCUGAUUGGCUUCAAUCGUCUGUUGGAACCUCAUUCAAUCCCAUACUCUGUGACACAUCUCAUCUUUGGCAGCUUCAAUCAAUCGCUGGCGAUGGACGACUUGGCUGCAUGUCACAACCUGCUCUAUCUUGAGCUCAAUGUGUUCAAUCAGGCACUGGCGCCUGGCGUGCUGCCGGCGUCAAUCACCUCACUCAAACUGCACAUGUUUAAUCAAUUCCUCGAGCCGGGCGUGCUGCCAACCGCGCUUCAAUCGCUCAUGUUUGUUUCGGCGUUCAAUCAACCGCUGGCACGCGGUGUGCUCCCUCCUUCACUCACAAGUCUCAAGCUGCAGACGCCCUUUGACUACCCCCUGACCGAGAUGCCGUCGUCUGUCACUGAGCUGCGACUGGGCAGCCAGUACUCGUACAGCGUGCCAUUCGGAGUCACAGACUUGUAUUACAGCAGCGAGUCUAAGGGCAGGUCAUCGUCGGGUAUCAUACGCAUAUUGGAGCCGGGUAUCAUACCCAAGUCUGUUACACAACUUCGUCUUGGCUACCACUUUGGCAUGAAGUUAGAGACAGGCAGUCUGCCACAGUCAAUCACUCAGCUCCAGAUCGACUCGUACUUUGGAUCAAAGUUGAACGUUGGAGAUAUCCCGCAAUCAGUCAAACAAUUGGUCUUUGGCAAUUGGUUCAACUCAGAGAUCGACCCGCACGUCCUACCGCAGGCAAUCACCCGUCUAACAUUUGGCUACGACUUUAACCAACAUUUGCGAGCCGGAAGUAUCCCUUUGUUGGUGACACAUUUAACGUUUGGCCACAAUACACAGCAGAUUGACGGGCAUACCGUGCCCAACUCUGUCACGCAGCUGGCGUUUGGCUCGCGGUUUGAUCGCUCAUUGUUUGGCCGCAUCAUCCCGCCCUCGGUCACAGCACUCAAGUUGGGCGCGGACUUCAACCAGCCGCUGCCCUCCAACCAACUUCCCGUCAACAUCCAGUACCUAAGCUUCGGACAACACUACAACAAAGAGCUGGACGCGAAUGUGUUGCCACCGCUCGUCACCCAUCUGAAUCUGGGCGGCUACAAUCAUCCGAUCAAAGCUGGCGUGCUGCCAGCGUACAUCACCCAUCUCAAGUUUGGCACGAGCUUCAAUCAGCCGCUGGAACGCGGAGCAUUACCACGCGCACUGACACAUGUAGUCUUUGGCGCGAUGUUUGCGCAGUCGCUUGACGAUGGUGUGUUGCCCGAGUCAUUGGCGCACGUCUGUCUGAUGAACAUGGCACGCAACAUACUUCAGUAUCCAAUUGAUUGCUUUGCUCAUGUUGCCGAGUUAUUCAUCUACGUUGACUAUAGGCCCAGACUAGUACGCAUGCGACAACUUGAUGAACAUUCCAUGUUGUUGCUCACGGACUGUUUCAAAUCGAUGACAUGUCCAUUGCGAACAUCCCCACUUCUACUCAAUGGCGCCGCGACCAUUAUACCAAAGUCCUUCAGGAAUAUCCUAUGUUCUCUGUUCAACGCCGAGUUAUAA